UCGGUCUCGCACGUCAUAGUUGUUAUCAAGGAAGUCAUGAAAUGCACGAGGUUUCGCUUGCAUUAUCAAAAGUCACACCUUUGUUACUGAGAUAAUCUGCUGAUUCGAUCUUUAGACAAUAUGCAGAUGAUCAACUCUGCGUUGAUCGUGACCCGUCUGAUCGAUGAAUGUAUCCAAUCGUUUUUUGCGUUUCGAUUGGCGCAGCGCGAUUCUAAGCCACGCAAGCCGCCGACAAUGAACGAGACUUCUCACUGACUGACGGGUUCAGGCCUGUGACGUUACAAACAGCCUCUUCGACAGUCAUAGCCGGUGCAAGCCUUUAUCGAAACCCAAUCAUAUCGAUUGCCUCUACCAGAGUUGCUCAUCUCAGAUUCCCCACCUGCAGCCAGAAGACAGGGCGGGGCCUUAAACCGAUCCCUUCUUGGCCUCUUGCCAUAGACCACCAUAGCUUAUUUUGAUCACGCCUUCCUACGAUGUAGAACUCUGUCUGGCAGACACGAUUGUCAUAGGCUGUACGCUCUUGGCAAUAGUUGUCUGCGAUAGCACCGAUGUCAUGGGCGAUAAGAAGCGAAAGCCCGACCUCGUCUUCAGACUAUCAUCAUGAUCGAAGACUGGAUCGGGUUGAGUGAUUUGCGCUCUCUCGAGGUACGAGCUGUGACCCUGUCAACUACCACCGUAAUACGACUUCCGAUCGAGCGGGAGAUACCACUCCGGACCGGCUUGAUGGAAUGACGCUAAGCGCGGCGGUGGUACUUCUGGGUCAUGAACCCUUCCUACUGGCUUCCGCGGUGCGCAACUUGUGUUUGCAAACCAAAAACAAGCCGAAACUCGAGAACCCCGGUCGGGCUCUCUUCACAUCUAUUUCAAGAUUAUUCAGUUUCGUGCCACGGUCCGAUUGUCUGCUUCAUUCAUGUGAUGUGGAGGUUGUAGUUACGCAACGAAGUCAGAUUCGAAAAUGUUAGCGUUUCGUCAUACGCGGCGCGGAUAACCUUCGCGGAUAUCGUCGAGUCGAGAAAGGACCGAUCCGCGGACGAUGGACCAGAGCAGAAUCGCUUUUCAACGUCAGUCAUCCCUCACCAACGACGGCCGCAUUCUCA